GCGGUCCACGAAUUCGGUGCUGCGGAUACGGUUGGUGUGCAGCAGCGGUGACUUUAGCUCGUUCAGGAGCCACCUUAUUUGGAAAAAGGAUGGUAAACAGCACCAACAGCACACUUACAAAGUAAAAAACAGAACAACCACAAUGCCACUUGACUUGGUUGGCAAGCUGCACCGCACCGUGUACAUCACGGACUGCCCAGAGGACUCGCAGGAGGAUCUCAUGCACAUGCUUCUGAAGCGCUGCGGCGCCGUCGAGGCCUGGGACGCCGCGGACGGCCGCGUUACGGUCGUCUUCCGAAGCAUGAACAGUGUCAGCAAUGCCCUCACUUUCAAUGGGCUUUCUUUUAUUGAUUUGACCAGGAAGCUGUGUGUGUGGAGGGCGACAGACCCUCCACCGGCGGAGGCCACGCAGCAGCUGGCGAUUCAGGGCGGAGCCCCGUCCGCGAGUGACGGCGCCGAUGCCGCUCCACGCGAUGCGGCUGCGGAGCAGGCAGAGGAGGACCGCCGACUGCGGCGGAAGGAGCGUCGUGCGGCGCUGCAGCACCUGCUGCAGGCCGACGCCCAUGCGUGCGACACCUCCUCUCCCGAGGGCCGGCGGGCGAAGUUGAACGAGUUGUGCCGGCGGCAGCUCAAGGCACUGUGCACGUUGACGGCGGCGGCCUUGACGGAUGCGAGGGCAGAGCUGGAGGAGAAGCGCAGUAACCUCGAUCGUCUUCGCGACUUGAUUCGUAUGAAGGAAACAGAGGCGAGCAUGAGUGAUGAGCCGCCCGUUUCAAAAUCCCGGUUGGAGCGUUACUGA